AUGUCGACAUCUUCCAUUCCAAUUGAAUCUCUUCAAUUAAUUUAUACUGUACAACAUCCAUGUAAUGUUGUCAAUACUGAUCGUGCUAUUGAAACACUUGGCGGACGACAGCGUCUUGUUGAUGCAUUUACACAUACGACAACAUCACAGUUAACAUGUGCAUUCACACCAUCAAAUAUCUAUGAACGACCACUUCGUGCUGAUCGGCAUAAAUCGACUGGAAUUCUUAUUCGUUUACGUCGGAAUAAACGUACAAAAACUGUUACAUCAAUUCAUGUUAUUGGUAUUCUCGAUACAUCUUAUUCAUUUGAGUCACUUGCUGACUUUCAAUAUUUGCCAAUGAUUAGAAAAGAUGAUAAUCAAUAUGAGUCAUUUUUAAAUCGUCUUGCACUAAAUCGACAAUGUUUAGAUAAAGAAAAUCUAGAACGACAAUGCCCUUUAAUGUGUAUUCCAGCUAUAUUUUCACGAUUUUUCGAUCCGACAGAUUAUGCUUUCCGACCAGAACCGAAAGCAAGACCAAAACGAACAGCAACAACAAUUACACGUACGAAGCAAGCUAUCAAUAGUAAUAAAUUAACAAAAAGAAAUGUUCGCUCAUCAUCAGCACACCAUAUCGGAUUCGAUACUGCAUCGGCGCCAACAGGUCCAAAAUCUUUAAAUGAUCUCUAUACAAAUGUUGAUCAAUCUAUAAUAACGCAACUACGUCGUCUAUUUGAACAACGUCCAGUGUGGACACGAAACAGUCUAUUGUAUCAUCUUAAAAUAACAGAAGUUAUUUUAAAACGUAUCAUUCAUCAUGUCGCAUAUUUUUUUUGUAAUGGACCGUGGAAUCGUUGUUGGCUCAAAUAUGGUUAUGAUCCACGUUUAGAUACAAAAUCAAAAAUUUAUCAAAUUGUUGACUAUCGUGUACGCGCUAUUCUUGAUCCAGAGAAAAAUCUUGUCAAAUCAAGAACAUCAAGAGCUUAUCAUCGAUCAUCAUUAAUUCCUGGACAAAUAUCUACAACAGCAACAACAAUUUCAGCGUCAAAUACUAAAAAUUAUGCAGAAGAAAUGUAUAUGUUUAAAAGAACAAGUUUACCAUUAGCACGUUCGAUUCAUUAUCAAUUGAUCGACAUACAACUUGAUGAAGUACAACAAAUGGUUCACUCCAAUGAUGGCCUCGAACUUGAGUGUACUGAAGCUGAUGGUUGGUGUGUCACUGAUUAUCAAAAUCGUGCUCGAGAAAUGAUGUCAGCUGCUCAUGAGCAAGUUUAUCGACAAUAUCAACGUGAAAGAGAACAGAAUGCUACAGCAGAUGAUGAUGAUGGAAGUCAACAGUUAGAAGACGAUGAAGACAAUGAUGAUGGAGAGGAUGAUGAUGAUCAAAAUGAAGAAACUAAUGAAGAAGAAGACGAUGAUGAUGAUGAUGAUGAUGAUGACGAUGACAAUGACGAUGAUGAAGACACGGAAGAGGACUCUCAUAAUGAGACGUAA